GAUUGAAGAACAAGCUUGGAGCUCCAAAUCCUUAUCAUUGUUUAGCUUUGGUUUGCGCGCACCACUCCCGUUUUUAAGGGGGCGUCCACACAGUAAACGAGAAACGAAGAGGAAUUUCCAAGGAGUAUGCUUGAAAAUAUAAUUAUAAAGGCGCUUCCCUAGUGGCAACACCAACGAUCUCGUGGAGAGCUUUGCAAAAUAUUUUGCUAAGCCAAGAAAGCAUGAUUGAUGAGUGCGGUUCUUGGACAGCACCGUCAAUGCCGAGCCUCGCCGGACGACAUCUCUCCGGCUGCUCCUCACAGAACGCGAGCCUCGAUCCAGGCACUCGCGGCGCUGCUGCGGCAAUGCAGGGAUCUGCGCGAGGGCAUCACGAUCCACGCGCGGCUGCGAGACUCUGGUCAGGAUUCGGGCACGCUGCUCGGGAAUCUCCUCUUGCAGAUGUAUGGCAGGUGCCGGAGCGCGCCGCUGGCCCGCGCUGCCUUUGAUCACAUCGCCGCCAAGAACAUUUAUAGCUGGACGAUGAUGAUCUCGGCAUAUGCCCAGAAUGGGCAUCCUUGGGAGGCUCUCCAGAUCUUCCAUGCAAUGGAUCUGGAGGGGGUCUUGCCGGAUGAGUUCGUCUUCUCGGCGGUUCUUGGUGCGUGCUGCAAGGCGGGCGCUCUUGGACAGGGGCGAGCGAUUCACCAGCGCAUCUCUAGGCUGGGAUUACAUUGCGAUGUGGUGAUCCAGAACUCGCUAGUGAUCAUGUACGCGAAAUCUGGAAGUUUGGGCGAAGCUUGUCAGGUAUUUGAUUCCAUGGCCGUGAAAGAUGUAAUCUCGUGGAACUCAAUGCUAGCAGCAUUUGCCAAGAGAGGGCAUUAUGAAACUGGGCUUGAGCUCUUUGGGAAGAUCGACGUCGAGCCUGACCUCGCCACCUUUGUGAUUGUUUUGGGAUUGUGCUGUUCUCCUUUUGGCGAUAGUGGGUUUUUUCUUGUACAAGGCCGACUUAUACAUCAGCAAAUCGUUUCCCGGCAGCUCGAAUCCGACUUGGUUCUCCAAAACGCUCUGCUAAACAUGUAUGCGAAGAGAGGCAGCAUUACGGAAGCUAGAGAUGUUUUCAACAGGAUGAGCAGAAGAGAUCACGUCAGCUGGAACGCUAUGAUUGCAGCAAAUGCCCACACUGGUGAUUUUCUCGAAGCUUUUAAGCUCCUGAGGAGGAUGGAACUCGAUGGAGUCAAGCCUGAUGAUUUUACAUUUUCCACCAUUCUCCUCGCUUGUGCGAGCUCCUCUGGCAUCCGGUUUGGGAAGGAGAUUCUUUCGCGAGCGCUCCAGUGUGGUACAAGCGACCAAGUCGUGCAAACAGCGGCACUUAACAUGUAUGCGAAAGGUGGCAGCCUUGAAGAAGCUAGAGCUUUGUUUGAGGAGAUGGAGCACCGGGAUACAGUGUCUUGGAGUGCCAUGAUUUCGGCCCAUGCCCAGUUUGGGCAUAGCCGGGAAGCUCUCCAGCUCUACAGGAAUAUGUGCCUUGAGGGAGCCCAGCCGGAUAGCUUCACUUUCUCGAGCGUUAUCGAGGCAUGCUCGGAGCUGCGAGACUUGGAGAGUGGCAAGUCUAUCCACGCUCGAGUUGCUUCCACUGGGAUGGUCGAGCGUGAUCUCGUCGUUGGGACAUCUCUGGUGGAUCUCUACGCCAAGUGUGGGGAGCUCGAGCCUGCUAAAUCCAUCUUCGAUGCAAUGCAAAGGAGGAACACGGUUACAUGGAACGCGAUGCUCGCCGGGUAUGCCCAACACGGGUAUAACACACAAGCGCUCGAGCUGUACGAGCUUCUUCUUUCGAAAGGCACUGAAAAGCCGGAUAGCUACACUUGCGCUACUAUUCUAAGCGUUUGUGCCAACAUGGUUUCAGUGAAAGAUGGCAGGGAGAUCCACGCCCAGCUCGCUGACCAAGAUUUCGUGGUGGCCACCGCGCUCAUGGACAUGUAUGCCAAGUGCGGGAGCUUCAACGAGGCAGCAGCGGUGUUUUGGAAGCUCAAGCACAAGGAUUCAAUCUCCUGGAAUGCGAUGCUUGCGACUUAUGCACAUUUCGGUCAGACCAACGAGGCGAUCCAUCACUUGCGGCUCAUUUUCCUGGAAGGCAUAGCUCCUAACGAGCUCAGCUUCAACACCAUCCUUCACGCAUGCAGCCACAGAGGGCUGCUCAAGCCUGGCUACGAGUUCUUCGUGUCGAUGAGCGGCGACCAUGGGAUCUUUCCAAACGCGGACAACUUUCAUUGCAUGACGGAUUUGUUGGCUCGCUCAGGGCAACUGAGAGAGGCUGAGGAUCUCAUCAACGCUAUGCCUUUUGAGCCGCAAGCUCUUGCUUGGACGACGCUACUCUCGGCUUGUAGCCAGCAAAGUGAUGCGAAAGGAGCUGAUGAUCGAGCUGCUGGACAGAUUAUUGAUAUGCGACACCAUGACGCGCACUGCUAUGAAUCAGCUCCUUACAUUCUACUCUCCUCCACAAAGCUUUCGAAUGUAGGAGAGACUACGUCUCAAGAAAUAAUCAGUAGCAAAGCUAAAAAGGAAUAAAGUGGAGCCGGCACCUUGUCUGUAA